AUGAAGACCGUUGGAUAUUUCCUUGUUGCAUUUUCUGCACUCAGUGUAGUCUUCGCCGAAGGCACACUUCCACCUUCUCCUACAGCGUCAGUGGGAUCUGCUACUGCAAUCACUUCGCACGCUGAAGGCCAUGAGGGAAUGGCAACUCCCACCAAGCCUAGCCCAACUGAGUCCGUCGGCUGCGAACCCCACGGAGACCACUGGCAUUGCGAUGGACCUCGCGUCACUUCAUCUGCUGAGCCUCAUCCUACCGGAUCAAGCACCAAGUCUCUGAAGCCUAGCCCAACAGAGUCCGUUGGCUGCGAACCCCACGGUGACCACUGGCAUUGCGAUGGACCUCGUGUCACGACAUCUACUGCACCUUAUGCUACCGGAUCAAGCACCAAGACUCUGAAGCCUAGCCCAACAGAGUCCGUCGGCUGUGAGCCCCACGGUGACCACUGGCAUUGUGAUGGACCACGCACAUCAGGUACUGCACCUCCAGCACAGUACACUGGUGCUGCCGGGUAUGUUCGUGUUCCUCUCCCUCAGGCUGUGGGUGCAGUGGUUGCAAUGGCCGCAGUUGUUGUCUAUGCCUAA